AUGAAUGGAACAUGGCUUUUGAACAAACAGCUCUCGGACGAUCUCGAUCCCACCUUUGCCGCGCAAGGAGUUCCCUUCAUUCUGCGCAAGAUGCUCAAAUUCGCUGGCGUCCGCAUCGACAUGACAGAGGACCUCGAGGCCUCCCCUGCGCCCACCAUUCACUUCAAGCAGAUUGUCUCACCCGGUGGAUUUCAUACGGAGGAGGACUAUGUGCUUGACGCCCAGUACCGCGAGGGCACCGUCCCAAUUUUUGGGACCAUUUCUGUGCAGGCGCGGUUCUUGCCCAUGAGUAAGCUCGACGAUGAAGGACUGCGGACGCAGCUCGAGGAAGGUGGGACGGGAGAUGUAGUUAUCGAGGAGAAGACGACAAGCAAGCUGGGCUGGGAAUGUCGUGGGAUAUGGGGAUUCGAAAAGAUUGAUGGCGAAAGACGCUUUGUGAGGACGAAUUUUACCAAAAAGGGAGGUGAACAGGUCACUGCCAAACUUGUCUACGAUUUCCGACCUUGA